AUGGCCCCCUCCAGUGACGCAGCCCUGGGUGACCUCGAAGGAACACCGGGGCGAGUGAUAACGAGAUCUAGUGGCCGAGUCGAUGAGAAAGGAAAGGAUGUCGACCAGGUGCAGACGUCGAGAUCUGGCCAAAAAGCAGAGGGAGGGAGGAAAACCCGACGGCAGAACUUGAGGGCUAAGAACGAGGUUCAUAACAUCAACGUCGUAGGAUCCAACAAACAGCAAUACACAGACCAGAUGGGGAUUGACGAGACCAUCGGUCGUCUGAAGAUGAAAGUAUCCAAAGAUUGGAAAGUGUCACAGAGCGAAAUGCGGGUGAUCGCGCUUGACCAAACACAGCAGCCCAAUGGUCCUGAUGAUCCACAUUUCCCAUGGCCCACAGGUGAAAAUGAAGAAACGCUACCAAACGUCACGUCCAUCGGGGCUGCGUUACGUCUUACGGGUAUCGAGGGCCCGGACGAGCACAAGUACCACUUCUUCGUUUGGACCCAGGAGACGGGUACGGGGCCGGGUGAACACACACGCAAAGCAGAGGAGUCUGCCGAAGGAGAGGAGGCGCGAAGGAAGAGGCAAAGGCAAGACACCGUGUUGCGAAAUGUGCAGCGAACACUCACACUUGCUCUCCGGGCGCCCCCGCCGUCCACAGCUGCCACCCAAUCGGGAAUGGCCACAGCCAGCGCGACCUCCACCAUCUUCGACGGUCGUGGGGGUCGGAUUGGAAUGUCUGUCAGCAUCUACUCGCCCAUCUUUGCAAACCUCCUGGGCGAGCUGCGGUCAAGCACAAAUAAUAUACCGCCCGCCGAUGUCUGUAAACUGGCAGAGCAACUCUGCGCGGACUCAUCAAAGAAUUAUUCUGACGAAGACGCACGAGUUGCAGCUGUCUCACCCACCAUGGACGCUUUGCUUGGCCAAACCUCAGCGAAGACUGUCACCACGCAAAACACAUCCUCAGACCGCUCUUACACGACAAGCGUUUUCUCCGAUGCAUCGGGACAGGUCGAAACAGCUGUCGCCGAAUACAAGAAUGUCCUGGGGUCAGGGAAAGCGGAACCCAUUUUUCAGGGCGUCAGCUCGGCUCGGAAGUAUUGGGCGCAGAAGGAGCGUGAAGAUGUCCGUCGUGUGUCCCCACAUCCUGUCAUUUCCAUCGCGCUGGCCGGUCCGUGGAUGUUCGUGCAGCUUGUGGUGUUCGCAGAGGUUGUCAUCGCCGAAACGGUUCCCGAGCUAUGUGUCCCGUUGCUGGCCAACGCUGGUCAACACAGCGAUCACACACGCGAUUUGGCAAAGAAGUUUGUCCCGCUCAGGAAAGCGAUGCAACGAUUGAGAGACUAUUACCGCAACCUUCCGAAGCCACCACCUUCCGACGAAAUAUCGCCGUAUCUCCCCGCCUGGACAAGUGUUGAACUGCUCGAUUCUGACAAGCGGGAAGCUCACCUGACUUACCACAGACGUCUAUUGGAUGACUUCAGGAGCCCCCUUUUCGAGGCGGAUCUCCGUGCUGUCGGUAGCGAAGUCUCACAGCGCUGUGUGGUCAAAUUUUGCUCGACAUGGGGCACCGCGGCCCACAGAUUGCUUGCUGAGAAAGGCUUCGCGCCACGGUUGUAUGGGGUGAAGGAACUUCCCGACGGGACGAAGAUGGUGGUCAUGGAAAAGCUCAGUGGGGAACCGAUCUUCAAACUUGACAAAGUCCCUCCGGACGUUGAGAACGACCUCAGGGAAGCUGUCAAAAUCCUGGGCGAUCGGGGUCUUGUGCACGGGGAUCUAAGGUCGAGUAAUAUCAUAUGUACGAAGGAAACUACGAGAUCGUUGGGGAAGAUCAUCGACUUCGAUUGGGCGGAUAAAGAGGGCUUUGCACGAUACCCGUACGACCUCAACGACAUCUCUGAAAUCCCUUGGGCGCCAGGAGUAGGGAGGGGAGAGCUCAUCCAGCGUUCGCACGAUGUACACAUGCUCGAAGUGAGCCUGUGUGGGAACCGUGUAGUUUCCCAUUCGCAGUCAAUCUUAACUCGCAUGACAUGAUCUGUACCCUCCCCGUAUCAUGAUGUCGUCUGGUACCUGUGCCGGAUAACUAGAUAGUAGAUUUGUACAAGUUGUACUGAUUGAUCUUCCACUUAGCGAUGAAUGUAGUCGAGCGGUAUGGCGGUCCGAUCCGCAACGCUCAGAUUCAUGG